AUCUAAAGGGCCUGUUUCUCUUUAUCUAAUGGUGGGCCAGGCCCAGCAUGGAGUCAGAUGUACAGGACCUGCUGAUGAAGAAGAAGUAAACUCUUUCAAAAAACCCAAUGAAUUUUACAGAAGGAGGGAAUGAAUUUGUCCUCUGGGGCUUAAGCAAUUAUCCUGACCUCCAGGUGCUUUUAUUCAUUGUCUUUCUAUUGGUUUACAUCAUAACAAUGUUGGGGAACAUGCUCAUUUUCAUCAUGGCCAUGGUAGAUCCAUCACUUCACACACCAAUGUAUUUCUUCCUCAAGCUCUUGUCUUUCAUGGAUAUUUGCUACUCGUCUGUGACUCUUCCCAAAAUGCUGGUGAAUUUCCUCUCAGAGGACAAGAGAAUUUCCUAUGCUGGCUGUGCCACGCAAAUGUUCUUCUUGAUUUUCUUGGGGGCAUCGGAGUGCUUCCUCCUGGCAGCCAUGGCCUAUGAUCGUUAUGUGGCCAUAUGCAAACCACUGAGGUACAUGGCGAUCAUGAACAAGAAAGUCUGCCUUUCACUGACUGUCUUCUCGUGGUUCAUUGGCAACAUGGUGUCUCUGGUUCAGACCGCUUGGGUGUUUACCUUACCAUUCUGUGGAUCAAAUCAAAUUAAUUAUUUUUUCUGUGAUAUCCCCCCACUCAUUAAGCUUUCCUGUACUGAUACUUCUUUGUAUGAGAUGCAGCUCUUUAUAGCUACUGUACUAGUUAUUUGUACCCCCUUUUCCCUUAUCCUAGUGUCCUAUUGUCUGAUUCUUUCCAACAUCCUGAAAAUGGCAUCAUCUGACGGCCUUCAAAAAGCUUUCUCCAUCUGCUCUUCUCAUAUCUUGGUGGUGUCCUUGUAUUAUGGGAGUAGUAGCUUGAUUUAUCUAAGGCCAAAAUCACUUCAUACACAGUAUAAUAAUAAAUUCUUAGCUUUGACGUACACCACCAUCACUCCCAUGCUGAACCCCAUUAUCUACAGCCUAAGGAACAAGGAAGUCAAUGGGGCAAUUAGGAGGCUGGUGAGAAAGACAAUGAACAGAUGAAGUUCAACCAGCAUACUUUCAAUUGCCAGUGAUAUGUAAUUCAAGCAUGGUUGGAAUGUAUCAAAAGUGAUGCUAAAAAGACGCAAGAGACAGUUUUAUCCAGAGGACAGCAUGUUGAAAUUUGGCAUGGUCAAUUUCAAAUCCUAAUUUACCCCAAUAUUGGAGUAGCAUUGGGGAAAUUACGUU